CUGAAGUUGAUUGAGUUUUCGCAGAAUUAUUUUCGUUUUUACAUUAAAUAAUUUAAAAGUUAUGGAAGUGAAUAUCUCGAAGAAAGGUCCUGUGAUAGAGGCAGGGUUAUGCAGGUGCUGCGGUCUGGUAAAGCGAUGUAGACUGCUUAAUGUUGAAUACAUUUGGUGCGGGGAGAAGGAGGUGUAUGCUGAUAUGUUUUUGGACUCUUUCGGGCUUUGUCUGUCCCACCUAGACGGGGAGCCAGCGGAGCGCGCGAUCUGUGCCACGUGCGUGUCGCGGCUGCGGGACGCCUGCGCCUUCCGCCGCCAGGUGCUGCAGUGCGAGCAGAAGCUGCUGCAAGCGCAGCUGGCCAGCGAUGACGCACUGAUAAAGCAAGAGCUAGACAUAAAGAUAGAAGCUGACGAUGACAUCUGCGACUCACUGCCAGAGGCCAUGGACCACACAGACCACUAUGAUGAUAACAUCCCACUAGACGUGAAAGUAGACACGUGGAAGGCCGAAGUUAAAGAAACAAAACGCAGAUCAAAACGGAACAAGGCGAGCGACACCCGCGCCAAGAAGGAAAUGCUGGUCAAGAUCAAGAAGAUGAAGGACGAGCUUAAGCAGUUGGAGAAUGAUGAUAUGGACCUUAUGCCGCCUCAAAUGCCGCCAGCGGUGCGGCCUUGGAAGUCAAACAGCGCUAAAGCAUUCCACAACACAAUAACUUUAGUAGUCAAUUCGUACGUUUGUCCAUUCGUCACUACCUUCAGCGACUACCACUGCGUAUAUUGCAAAGAAUUGUAUACAGACCCGGACAAAUUAAGAGAGCACACGUUAACGCAUGACCCUACUACAUACCAAGACACAGUUACUUACAAGAAAUCGCUACUAAUAGACAUUACAAGAAUAGACUGUCGAUUAUGUCCAAAACCUAUCGAUGAUUUGGAGGAGUUCUACAGUCACAUCACUAGUUUUCACGACAAAAUGCUAUACCCAAACAUCAAGAAUGAGUUUUUGAAAUUUCGAUUAAAAUUGGGUAAUUUAUCGUGUCUCGAAUGUGGGAAUAUUUUUACGUAUUUUCACGCAUUAAAAAAACACAUGGCAGAGCAUUUCGGGACGUGGAUAUGCGAUAUAUGCGGAGCGCAUUUUUUCGAAGAAGGGAAGUUGAUUAUUCACCAAAAAUCGCAUCAACCUCAAAAGACUGAAGACACGUAUCCCUGUAAAGACUGUGGAAGAGUUUUUAAAUCAAAACACGGUAGAUAUUACCACAUAUCGCGGGUUCACAGCGAACAGCCAGCGUACCCUUGUUAUAAAUGCGACGAAGUGUUAUUUUCGCACAGUUUAAGAUACCGGCAUAUGAUAGAGGUACACGGAGAACAGAGAACGUUUCCGUGCGAACAUUGUGAUAAAGUGUACGAUACGAGAAAGUCUCUCAGAGAACACAAUAGGAAGAAUCAUUUGAAAGUUUUAAAGCACGAGUGUAAUGUUUGCGAAAAAAAGUUUUAUUUGCCGUCUGCGUUGAAAGACCACAUGGCCUCACAUACUGGUGAGAGGAACUUCAGAUGUGAAUACUGCGGGAAGAGUUACCCACGGAUGCGCGCGUUACGCGUCCACGUGCAGUCGCACGACAGUGAGAAAAAGUACAAAUGCGCGAUUUGCAGCGCGUCGUAUACACAAAGCAAUAAUCUGAAGCAUCACAUACGAGCGAAACAUCAGUCAGUAAUGCUGGAUCAGCUGGAAUGAUGACACGCCCGUUUUUACC